AUGGAAGAAACGAGUCGAUCUACGUCACCGGAGCCGACGAUGACGUCAAUAAGUUCGGUGGCAGCGGCGGCGGCUCCGUCGACGACGCCUUCUGUCAUGUAUUCUGCGAUCAACAAGGGCAAAUCCGUCGUUUGGAAUCACAUCGUGAUGGCCGAGGACGGCAACAAGGCCACCUGCCGUCAUUGCAGCAGCGAGUUCGCGAUUAAAGGUUCAUUUUGGGGGAGAAGCUUGGAUUUCUGACUUUGUCUGCGUCUCUUUUCUCUCAUCGUAGCGAGAAGUUAGAGAUCCGGAAAACAAGAGACGCAGAGAAGUCAGAGAUUCUCAAGCGGUAGAAGCUAAAACACAAAAAAUUAAAAAACCGAUUUUUCGACUUGUUCCUGUCACGAUUUGGAGCCGUCUGACUUCUCUGCGUCUCUUUUCUCUCCUCGCAGUAAGAAACUAGAGAUUGGGGGAAACGAGAGACGCAGAGAAAUCAGAGAUUCCGGCGGAUUUUUUUGAACCUUUUUUUUAAUCUAUAUUAAAGGAGCAUGUCCAAAUUUCAUAAAAGGUCUCGAAGCGAAAAGUCUUUUGCUUUUUUUAAUAUCUAACCGAAGAUUUUGGAAACUAUACUGUAGUUUCGACCUCCAGACGAUAAAAACCACUUAAGGGAUCAAUUAUAGUUGAAAAACUGUGCUCGAGAAUGCCGAAGUGGUCCCUAGAGGGGCUUGAGAAUAAAAUGCCACGACUUGGAACCGUCUGACUUCUCUGCGUCUCUUUUGUCUCAUUGGAAAAAGUGACAGCAAGAGAUCCGAGAAACGAGAGACGCAGAGAAAUCAGAGAUUCUCGCGGAUUUUUUUCAAUUUAUUGAGCUUCAUGUAGACUUUUGUUAAAGGAGCAUGAUCCAAUUUCAAAAAGGUCUUGAAGCGAAAAGCCGUUUUUUGCGUUUUUCAGUACCUAACCGAAGAUUUUUGCAAACUAUACUGUAGUUUCAACCUUCAGACGAUGAAAAACACUUAAAGGAUCACUUUCGAAAAACUGUCCUCAGCAAAGCUAGAGUGGCCCCUAGAAACAGCUUCUAUAGUGGACGGAGUAACGAUUCCUAAAAGACAAAUGAGUUAGUGGUCCCUAUAGGGAUGACGCAUAAAGCUCCGUAAAGCUCAAGUGGCCCUCUAGUGGUUUUUUUUUGAAUUUUGUAAAGAGUUAUGAUCCCCUAAAGCGGCCACUUCUGCAAGAUUUAGCGUCCCAAAGCAGGAUCCACCCCUCUAGGGACCACUUUGACGUCCUAAGUACAGUACCGCUCAAAAGUCUAUUAAGUUUUGGUUUUUUGGGGAUAUCUCAGCGAGUACUUAUCCGAUUUAUAUAUAACUUUCAGGGAUAAUGUAAAAUAUACUUUGAAACAUAUACGGUAUACAAAGACAUGUCCGCAAUGACUGUGACGCGUUUUAGGCAUUUUUUAUUGAAUUCCAUUUUUUUUGUUUUUUAUGCUUUUAUUUUUUUAUUUAUUUUUUUAUUAAAUUUUUUUAAAAUUAAUAAUGUUGCCAUAUGAUUUUUUUCAUGUUUUUCAGACAUGGGAAGAACCUUUGGAAAAAAGAAUUUGACUGAUAACGACAAAAGAGCCAUCGUUGUGGGUCGUCAAAAUGGACUGACCAUGAUGACGUUGGCAGGAAUGUUCGGCGUGACAGAGGCGGGCAUUUCUCAGUUCCUAAAGCGUCAGAAAGCUCAAGAUGGCUCUACUAACAGCCAACGCACUGGAAGACCACGUGUCACUGAUCGUAAUGGCGAUAGAAACAUUUUGAAGACGUCUAGAACCAAUCCAAGACUCACUGCCCCUGCGAUCAGACGGGAAGUUUUCUUGAAUUCGCCAUCUCCGCCAUCCGUCUCGACCGUGAAACGACGUCUGAAUGCUGCUGGAAUCAUGGGAAGACGUCCAGUGAAGAAACCGCUGAUUUCUGAAAAGAAUCGAGCCGCCAGGGUGAAGUGGGCGAAGGAGCAUCUCAACUGGACCCGUCAAGACUGGAACAAGAUUCUGUGGUCCGACGAAAGCAAGUUCCUCCUCUUCGGGAGUGACGGAAUUCAGUGGGUUCGUAGACCAAUUGGGUCCAGAUAUCAUCCGAAAUACCAAUUACCCACCGUGAAACAUGGUGGAGGUUCUUGCAUGGUGUGGGGCGCCUUCUCUGGAAGUGGCAUCGGACCGCUUCAUCGCGUGAACGGCAUCAUGGACAAGCACGUCUACAAAGACAUUCUCCAGAACCAGAUGUUGCCGCACUUGAGAGCCAUGGGCCGUGGGAGUGUUUAUCACCAGGAUAACGAUCCCAAGCACACUUCACUGUUCGUCAAGGUGAGAAAAUUGACAAGUAAUUCGUAUGGUUAUGAAACUCAAGACUGGUUCAAGAGCCGUCGGGUCAAUGUCAUGGGGUGGCCAAGUCAAUCUCCGGACCUGAACCCGAUCGAACAUCUCUGGGAAGAGUUGGAGCGACGUUGUGCCAACAAAAGAGCCAAGAAAUGCAACGAGAAGUUUGCUCAACUGCUGUCUGAAUGGAAUCAGAUCCCCAUGUCUACCAUCGACACUUUGCUCAAUUCUAUGCAGAGAAGAUGCCAGGCAGUGAUUGACGCCAGGGGCUUCGCAACCAAGUACUAGGUCCCGAAUAUUGUUUUUAACAAUGUUUUUGUGUUGAUAAAAAAAUUUUUUUGUUGAGCUAUGAUUUUUUUAAUUGAAAAUAGCAAAAAUUCGUUUUUUCGAAAAUUCGUUUUUUUCUCGAAAAAAAUUAUUAUUUUUUUGAGCUAGCAACUUGAAAUUUUGCCAGAACACGUAUGUCUCUCUCAGAAAACUAUGAAAAAAAAUUUGAAUCGAUAUCGCACUUCAAAAAAAAUUUAUCCCCAAAAAACCAAAACUUAAUAGACUUUUGAGCGGUACUGUAGAUGAUUUACAAUAAGCUGUCCAAAAGGACAAGUGGAUCCUUUAGGGGUUUUUCUGAAAGUUGAAAAGACGUAUGCCCCCCUAAAGUGGCCACUUUUGCAAGAUUCAACUCCUCUAGGGACCACUUUGACGUCCUAAGUAGAUGAUUUACAAGAAGUAGACCAACGAGAAAUGUCCUUCCAGGCGGCACCUCGGCCGUCCUCCGGCACCUGAAAGGCGUCCACGCCGCGGAAAUCGAAAACGACCCGGGUGCUUAUAAACCGACCGUGAGACGACGAAUGAAAACCGGCAUCGCUUCGACGAAAAAAGACGACGUCCCGACGCCGGAAGACCUCGUGACGACGCUGCUCCAGCACUGGAAGGCCGAACCCGACGCCGAUGAGGGCAAAGAGAACGACGCCGGCGUCGUCGUCAAAACCGAAACGGAUCAACGGGAGUUGAACGACCUGCUGGAGAUGUUCGUCCAGUCGACCUCGCAGAGUGUCCCAGAAGAUGUGUGUAAUUUCUUGUCUGUUCAUUGUCAUAUUUUUGUGGGUUACGGUAUCCAAAAGUCUGCAAUUUGUAGGGUACGGUAUCCGAAAGUCUGCAACUUGUAGGGUACGGUAUCCGAAAGUCUGCAACUUGUAGGGUACGGUAUCCGAAAGUCUGCAAUUUGUAGGGUACGGUAUCCAAAGGUCUGCAAUUUGUGGGGUACGGUAUCCCAAAUUCUGCAAUUUGUAGGGUACGGUGUCCAAAAGUCUGCAAUUUGUCGUGAAGUUAAGGACAGAGAAAAACGACUUGAUAUUGAUGACGUCAUUUCGAAAAAAAAUGCGAAAAAUGACGUCAUUCUGGGCAAAAUUCAAAAAAGUGGCGUCACUUCGGACUUUCAGCUACCGUACACCUUUUUCACUCUUUCUGUAUUUUUUGUUUUUCUAAUUUUGCUCUUUUUCUCCAGGUCUUUUUUUUUUCAAUACCUUUUCCAGGUUUCGGUCCGAUACGUCCCCAACGGGACCAAUGGAGCCCGUUCAAGUGCCGAACCGACGAGGAAAAGACCGGCAGCCGAGGCUUCCGUCACUCCUGGACCUACUCCGGAUAAGGGUGAGUUCUAAAUAAUGAACUUCGAAAAUCGUAGAAAUGUAGAAGAAAUGUUUUUUUAGGGUGACAAAGGUUCCUUUUUGCGCCAUUUUAUCGGCUCUUAUGCACCAUUUUUUUUUGUCACUCCCUUUUUCCACCAUUUUUUAAGCCUCUAAAAUCCCGGAAGAAACGAAAGGAUCGACAACGGGACUUAUUUCGCUGCCUUUUUGCAGCCUUUUUGCAGCCUUUUUGCAGCCCUUUUGCAGCCUUUUUGCGGCCUUUUUGCAGCCUUUUCGGACCCCUCCUUUUUAGCGGCCAUUAUCCACCUUUCCGACUUCGCCCGAGUUUAGCAAAAACUAAAAUUUCAAGAAAAAAAAAAUCAAGCUAUUGUUUUUCUUCCGAACUCUUAACUAUCGAUUGAAGUUUAAUAAAAAUCCCUCCUUUUUUCAAAAGUUUUUUUUUUGGGUAAUCGAGGUGUUUUAGCGGUGUGUCGUUCGAAAAAAAUGUAUUCGUUCUUUUCUCCUGGGUAAAUUUUGAGUGGCCACUUUAGGGUCUUAGCGUUUAGUGGCUACUAUAGUGCUCAAAUAAGUGGCCACUUGAGAGGUUAACGUUUAGUGGCCUCUUUAGAAGCCUAAGAGUUCCUAGAACACUUAAAACUGCUAUAGGGACCACUAAGAAGCAAAAUAGUGGUUUUUAAAAGAGUGGUUUUAGUGACCUCUUUAGUGUCAUCUAAGUCACUACAAAAAAAAAAUUUAAAAAAAUUUAUGUAUAUCAUGUCAGACAGGUUUCAAAUCAAUGAAGUCACUUUUCUGAAAAUUAUUUUAUGACGUCAUUUUCUAUUUUCCAGCGAAACGGUACCAGACCUCCAUGGCCUCCCGGGCCUCCCCGCCGGCCCUCGUUCAGAAUGGCUUUGGCGCCGGGAUCUCCAUGUACCCCGGCGACGAGGAAAUCCGGGAACUCACCAAGAGAUCCCUCCAGGCGACCAUUGAGAGGGUUCGUUUGAUUUGAAGCAUUUUUAAGGUAAUAAGGGUGCUUCAAAGUUUGAAAUUGACUGUAUUUGUUGAAAAAAUAAUGAUUUUUAAGCUUUUUGAGCAAAAAAUGAUGAGUAUUUGGGCAUUUUUGAAAGGAUAUUGAAAAAGGAUAGUCAUUUUAAAUUAAUCAAGAGAAGAUUUUAGGAAAAAAAAAGAGGGAAAAAAAGAGUUAGAAAGCAAAAAAAUUGGCUGUAUUUGUUGAGAAAAAUAAGAAUUUUUUUAACGCCUGUGAGAAAAAAACCGAUGGAUUUUUUUGAUAUUUUUUUCGAAGAAAUUUUUUUCCUUUUUUUCAAAUUUUUUUCGAAGUCAAUACUCACUUGAACAGUUUUGGAAUGAAAUUAGAAAAAAAAACAGAAAAAAACGGUUUUUAGAGCCCAAAAUCGCGUCAAUCUGUUGAAAAAUUAGCCAUUUUUGGGGUUUUUAGCCACUUAAGAGGUCCCUCAAAGACUUGGGGAGGACAGUGGCCACUUGAAAAAAUAUCUACAGAAGCCAUUAUUUUGCGUCUAAGUGGCCACUAUAGUAGUUUUAAGAGGUCUAAUGAGACUUCUAAUGAGGCCCCCUAAUGUUUAGCCACUAUAGUGGCCUCUUAAAUGAAAAAACCCUAAAGUGGCAACUUAACUUGUUAAGACGUUCCUUAAAGACUAAUUGGGGAGGACACUGAAGUGGCCACUAUAGUAGUUUUUAGCGGUCUAGUAGUAGUAAUGAGACUUCUAAAGAGGCCACUUGAACGUUAAAACCCUAAAGUGACAACUAUAAAUUUUCACAUUAUCCGUUUGAACCCUAAAGAGUUCACUUGGAUUUUUUCAAGCUUUCAAAAAAUUUUUUUUUUCAGGAAGAAGCGAUGACGCAGUACUACCGCAUGAAGACGAAAUACGUCGAAAUGCAGAUCCAAACAAAUCGUUAA